GGCCAGCAUACACGCACAGGUACACAGGCCUAUAGAGUGGGACGCACAGACACGCUCUCACCUGUAGGGGCACACACACACACACUGCAGUACACAUGCACACCUGCAUCGGGACAUAGGUACACUCAUCUGUAGGGGGCGCGCAUACACACACACAGGUACACACACACACAGGUACACACACAGGUACACACACAAACGCCUGUUCGACAUCCACACAACUUCCUCGUGAAGUGCCGUACAGGCGAGCCGCGUGGGGUUUACCCGGCUGCCAUCGUGAAGGGUAACCUUGGUGCGCCGAUUAAACCCCAUACGGUUGGCUCUCACCCAGUUGCUCGCCUCGAGCCGCCGUGCCCAGGAUCGCCGGGAAUUCUCGCCGUAGCCGGAGCGAGGAGCUGCUCAGUAAUCCGGGAGAGCCUCAGAGUCCAGCCGCCUCCUCCUGCGGCUCGAGAGGAGCCAGUUGAGGCGGUGUGGGCACCCAGUCUCCCGCGUGACGCUCGGAGCGAGCAGCGAGAGCACCCGGACCGGUUCCUCCACGUGCCCCACCGUGGACCAUGGCGCCCGUGCUCCUCGGAGUUGGAGGAGCCCAGUUCGAGCCCUGGGUGACGGUGGUUGCGCUGCUGGGAGCGCUGGCAUCUCUGGGGGUUGUGCUGUUUGCGUGCAUUGACUGCUUAAGGGACGAUGAUGGCAAUUCGGACCGGAUCACCCUAAGGGCACCCAAACUGCAGAGGCCGGCGAAGAACGGCACGGUUCAUCAGAGUCAGCAGCCGCAGCAGCAGCAGCAGCAGGAUCGUCAGCGUCAGCAGCAGCAGCAGGAUCGUCAGCGUCAGCAGCAGCAGCAGCAGGAUCGUCAGCAGCAGCAGCAGGAGCGUCAGCAGCAGCAGCAGCUUGAUCGUCAGCAGCAGCAGCAGCAGCCACACAGAGGAGACGGAAGCGCCUCGCAGAGAGGGACCGCACCGGGGAACAAGAAGCAGAGCAGUAUGCUGGUUCGCCAGUCACCACCGUCGGCGGCAUUGCCAAUGCCAUCAGCGAACAGUGCCACUGGGCAGCCGAGCGUCGGUGCAGCUGAUGAGCAGCUGUACGAGCAAGUUGCCGAAGAAUCGGUGUACGAUGCUGUCACGGAGGAGGGCGCUCCUGGGGAUGGCGGAGUUGGUGCACCGGGGAACAAGAAGCAGAGCAGUACGCUGGUUCGCCAGUCACCACCGUCGGCGGCAUUACCAAUGCCGUCGGCGAACAGUGCCACCGGGCAGCCGAGCGUCGGUGCAGCUGAUGAGCAGCUGUACGAGCAAGUUGCCGAAUAUUCGGUGUACGAUGCUGUCACGGAGGAGGGCGCUCCUGGGGAUGGCGGAGUUGGUGGUGGCGUUGGUGGUGAUGUUGGUGGUGGCAUUGGCGGUGGUGGUGGCGGCGGUGUUGGUGGUGUUGGUGGCGGCGGUGUUGGUGGUGUCGGGGGGGGCGGCGGCAGCAGAAAAAAAGGUGGCGGUGGAUAUGAAAGCGGCGUCGGCACUCCGAACGGGAAGAGCAAAGAAGCCACUGGUGGAACUGCCUCCGACUUCCUGCACCGGUUCACCGUGCGUGCGGGAUGCAGCGACUCACAGGAGGGUAAAGCCGGAGGACCCGGAGAAGAAUCCACGAAACCACAGGGAGAACAGGAAGACUCCGGCACACCAGGCGAGGAGGUGACGGACGAGGUGAACUACCGCACCGUGGAACAGGACCCAUUUCUGACCCCCGAAGAGAUCGAGGCGAUGUACACCAAGGUGCGCACGAUGAGCCAGCGGUGCAAAGACAACGGCGGUGGCGGUGGCGGUCCAGCGUCCCCGCCGUUGCGAAGAUCCCCGGGCAACCGGGACAAGGAUUACGCGGACGCUUGCGAGUUCCGUACCAGCGGUGGCGAUGGUGACGGUGGUGCCGGUGUUGGCGGCGACGGCGGCGGUCAUGGCAGCACCGAUGAGAGCCACGCCGAAGCGCCUGCGGAUUUUGCCACCAAAAUUUAACAAGGGCCGUUUUCUUUUUCUUAUUUGUCUCAACGUUGGAGGGGGGCGGGGGAGGAGGGGCGAUAGAAAACAAACACGUGUACGGUACAACGUCGCGUAUCCGACUGACCGGCACAUGUCCGCCCGGACCAAUUAGCUGCCCCCCCCCCCCCCUGCCCUCCACUGUAAUAUUUCCAUAGAUGUUGAUUGACCCGACUUCCUUCAUACACACACACACACAGUGACCUCACACCCAUUUUCUCUCCCCCCAACACCCAGUUGGAGGAGUGUGAAGGCCGCCACACAUGAAACCCACUGGGUGUUUGACAGCAGCACGAUGAUGAUGAUGAUGAGGGGUGUUUUCACCCUUUGUGUAUUGUCGAGGGGAGGGGGGGGGGGGGCGCCAGUGGCCUUGCAGCGAGCGAUGACGUCGCAGCGAGCGAUGACGCCACAAAGGCAUUUGGAGCCAAGUUUUUAAACACCGGGCGGAUGGUGGCCGUUAACCGGGAAUACAGUCACUACCCCUGUGCUAACUGGCCGGAUUGUGUGAAAUCUACUGGCUGCACAACCGGUCAAAUGAUAAGCACCGGAAGCGUAUCAUAUUUUUAACAGCUUGUUGUAAUUGUUCUUGUUCUUAACGUAACCUUGGCUGCCUUGACCAGGCUUCGCUGCCUUGGCUAGGCCUGGCUGUGUUGGCUAGGCCUGGCUGUGUUGGCUAGGCGUGGCUGCCACGACUAGGCCUUGCUGCCUUGGCUACGACUAGCUGCCUGAACUAAGCUUGGCUGCCUCGGCUAGGCUUGGCUGCCUUAACUAGGCUUGGCUAUUUAGCUCUCCCAUGAGUGUUCGGAUUCGGUUCCCCUAGAAGGGCCUAGCCUCGUGGAGCAAAACGUUGGACAUCGUGCUGCAACAGUUUAUAUUUUUUUAAAAUACGUGGCUCGCCAACUUCGCUGAUUGGCGACGUUUUUUAUUUAAUGUGGAGCAUUGCUCCCUGCUCGUCGGAGAGUCCGCAUAAGGUGACGCACAGGAUCGUAAUGGAUUUUUUCGAUUCAUUGUUAAUGUGAUUUUAAACGUUUAUUUCCAAGUAUACUCUAAAUGGGUUGUUGGGGUUGUGUCACGAGAUGGGAGGACGUACUCAUUGGGAAGUUCUUGUAGUGUAAGAUCGCCUGAUACUCCGAUCCCUUCACUGGCUCCCAAUCCAAUCCCUCCACUGGCUCCCAAUCCAAUCCCUCCACUGGCUCCCAAUCCAAUCCCUCCACUGGCUCCCAAUCCAAUCCCUGAUCUAUUUGAAGAUUUGAUUUGCUGCCUUCAAGAUCCUCUGUGGACCACACUCCUACCUGCUCCUCCCCUCCCAUCUCACUCUACUCCCCUCCACGCACUCUCCUACCUCUCCCCUCUCAUCCCACUCUACUCCCCUCCACGCUCCCUCCUACCUCUGCGAGACCAGGAUCUCAGUGGUGCCAUCCAGGCGCUCUGUAACCCAUUACACCAUUACCGCAAUGUUUAA